GUCCCACCGCCUGUUGGCGCACUCGGUGCAAGUUUCGUCUGACAGAGCUCCUGCGAGAGAGAGGGUGGGAGAGAAAAAGGGGAGUUGCUAUUGCGCAGACUCGUAGGAAAAAAGGGGGAGGGCCCGAAGGGGGACGCAUUAUUAUCACGGGUUGCUAUUCUAUGGCUUGCGAUAUGAGCGACCUCAUAUGAUAAGAAACUUGUGCACCGGAAUUAGUUCAUCCAGGCGUAAAGAUAUUCCACCCUUUUUAGCUCCACUCAUUUUGGAAGCGAGCAGCAGAUUCGACUAUUCUUCUUGGUGUAAUUGGACCUGCUAUUCAGCCAGCCCAUGUGGUCAUGCCUUUGUUUCUCUUCAGUGUGAUUGGCAGGCGUGACAGUGAUUGACACAGUCCCCUUGGUGAUGGUCCAACAAAUUGCUCCUAAGCCAAUCGAAAACCAUUUAUCCAACAAAUGCUUAGCAUGAUAGCAGUGAUAAUAUGAGUUGUGUCACAAGCCGGGUCUGAUAAAAACUGACACAUAUCUCAGCUCAUAGACACACCCCAGCAUUUAGCUCAAAUGGUUUGGACGGAGUCGGAAACAUCGCCAAGCGACCGGGGCGCUAUGAGAGCGGCCCAGGCGCUGGCGCAGUAUUACAGUAUGCAUGAUCCACGAAGUAGUGAAGGCUUGGCAAGAUUAGCCCACAUGUAUAGUAGCAUGCAACCGUUUGUGCCCUUUCCUGCCGCAGCGCCGGGCGGGACACUUUUCCCGCUCCCGACAGCCCUACCGACCCUCUGCUUCUCCCCAACUCAAAUUGCCAGCGUUUGUGAAACUUUGGAGGAAAGUGGAGACAUCGAGAGAUUGGCCCGAUUCCUAUGGUCCUUGCCCGUUGCUCCCGGGACUUGUGAGGCACUGAGUAAGAAUGAAAGUGUUCUACGCGCAAGAGCCGUCGUCUCCUUUCAUCAAGGCAACUACCGUGAACUCUAUCAUAUUUUGGAGAACCACAGAUUUACUAAGGACUCUCAUGCCAAACUUCAGGCCAUGUGGUUGGAAGCUCACUACCAAGAAGCAGAGAAACUCAGAGGAAGACCACUGGGUCCUGUCGACAAGUACAGGGUCAGGAAGAAAUUCCCCCUACCAAGGACCAUUUGGGAUGGAGAGCAAAAAACACAUUGUUUCAAAGAGAGAACGCGGAGUUUGCUCCGAGAGUGGUAUCUUCAAGACCCUUAUCCUAACCCUACCAAAAAACGUGAACUGGCUCAAGCCACAGGACUUACACCGACACAGGUCGGAAACUGGUUCAAAAAUAGGAGACAACGAGAUAGAGCUGCAGCAGCUAAAAACAGGUAAAUAUUCAUUUUCAUUUGAAAAAAAAUAUUUGACUAUGAAUAAUACAUGUUAUAUGUCAAGCAAAAGCAUUAACCUAUAAGGGAUCUUCUGUAUAAGAAUGUGGAUUGUUCCCUUUGUUUGGCCAAUAUGAUUUGAUGAUGAUUAAAAAAAUAUAUAUUAUAUCAUAUUUAAGCUUUUUACCGACUGAUCUUAAACCCAAACCCAUUACAGAAUCUUUAACCAUGGAGCUGACGAUAUCACACUGCUCAAAUAUCUCUAUAGGGGUAUAAAAACGUCCAUAAUUUCUGAACAUAAUUUAGACUGAGUGAAAAUUUCUCAGACCAAGAGCAAUUUAUAAAAAGAAUCACAAUGUUAUUAUGCCAAACCUUAUAUUGCACCGUUUGUAAGACAGACAAAAUAAUGUGUAACAAUCGAAAAUGUGCAAAAAGAUAUGCACAAUAACCACAGUGAAAGCUGAAAUAUACACAUUACAUCAAAAGUAGGAAAAUAAUGUAGUAUGAAAAUGGUAUUGCUAUUUCAUUUUACCAGUGAUGAUAAUAGUGGAACAUUAAUGAAUACUACUAUACUAGGGCAAUAACCGCUGCUUAUUUAUAUUACUGAGGUGAAUACUUUAAUUUUGAUAGAUGAAUUUCCAUGUAUAUUAUCACUUUACAAUAUCAUGUUGUGCACAGUAUUCCUUAUAUCAGUGGCCGUUUUCUAUACUCAUGUUAUGUGCAACUUCAAUAGUUCAAUUACAUUUCCCUGUAAUACAAGCACUUUUAUCCUGACUCUAAAAGUAAUGAGCUCUGUCAUUUAAAAUCCUUUCUUGGCGAAGGCGUCAAUUCUGUGAAUUCCAAAGCAAAACACAAUGUUACCAGUCUUGUAAAAGUAUCAAUUGAUGUUUAAUGUCCCGCUUUUAUCCCUAUUCCAUUGACCGUUCGGCGCAAAACACGGGGCAUUUGUUAAUUGGCCUCGAAACACGAGAGAAAACCCGCCGCACCGAUCGGGCGGGCGUAUGCUCAGUCACCGGUCUAUCGCUUCGCUGCUCGCGGCUGCUGAAAUCUAAUUCCUUUCGGCACAAAGUACUUUCCAUGUUGCGGAAACGAAUAAGUUACAAAAUGUCAUUCAAGAGAUAAUAAAAACUGUUCUUAUAUUACUUACCAGAGUUACGUUGCGUUUUGUGUUCUUACAAUCGUCAAUAUCCGCAUGAAACACUGUCAAAGCACAUCGCAAUCUCAUUGAGAGAGCCAAUUUUGUACCUUCAAAAAGAAAAUAAAAAUUGAAAAGUCGAGUUUAGGACUCACAUUUAUAUGUAGGAGAUGAUUACAACCUUAUAUUUUAUAACCCUAAAUAUACAACUAUUACUUGUUUGAUUUAGUUAGUCGUGGUAACCACUUCAGAACUUCUAUUUUAUUCGAAGAGCAGAAGAGUGCGUGCCCGAGUUAGCAUAUUUUUCUUUUAAUUAAAAAGUAUGAAAAAUGGCACAGGAAAAAAAAAACGUUUGUUAUUAUCAUUUGGAAUAUUAAGGGACUAGGUCUUGGAUGGAAAACGGAAGAUGAUCUUUAAAGUUUCAACUUCGUAGUAACACCAUAUCAAAUAUCAAAAUGGAACAAAAUGGAACAAAAGAUACAUUUGAAAUGGACAAUAAAGAGCAAAGUAAAAGAAGUUUAAUAAAUUAAUGAAUCAUUAAAAAAUGUUGGCACAUGAUCACAUCUUAAAAUGUACACGUCAUGAUUUUUUUAUUCAAGAAAAUAAAUGCUUGUGAGUUAUAAUCAUGUAUUUAUUAUGGAUAGAAGCACAUAUAGGCCUACAUGGUACUUUAACGAAUGAUAAUACAAAAGGGCCUUUGGAUGACAAAGAAAUGAAAUGAGAGAAAAAAGUGCUCUGUUUCAUAAUAAUUUGCUGAUUAUGACAAUGUAUUACAUUUAUAUAUAAACGAUUAAGAUUUAAGUGAUUAAUUUUUUGUAAAAUUUUAUUUCGUUGUAGGUAGUAAUAUCAUAUUACAUGAUUAGUUUGUAUUAGGGAUUUAAAUAAUUAAUAUUCGUAUUCUUCAGAAUGAAUGAUAUUUAGAGCACGCUUACAUUUCAAAUAUCAAUUUAUUGUAUCAUAUUGAUAUGAUAGAGCCAAUAUGAAUUUUAAUUUUCAUUCCAAGAACUAAAUAUGACUAUAUCAUGGAGCUAUAAGAUAUUACUUUUAAUAUAUUUUUAUUCGAUUAAACAUUUAACCGUAGAGUUAAACACGUUGUGCUGGUCAAUGUUUCAAUGUGUGUAAUUUACACUAAUUUUAUUGACAUAGCACAUUUCAUAGCAAAUGAAAUAUUAUUUGAUAUUAUAAGUUUUCAUAAAGUACACUUCCGUUACUUAUUACAGGCCAGCUUUGGAAUAGGGAUGCUAUCAAAAUGUUUCACAGGAAAGCGUUCCCCCUUCAUAUAUUAACUGAUUUAACUCUACGAUGUGAGCCAUUUUCAUUCAUCAGUCACGGUACUUGUCACCUUAAUUAUAAAUCAACAUUUCAUUCAUCGAACCGUUCGUUAAGAAAACCUCAAAUUGAAUUAAUUAUCACACCUUGUCUUCCUAAUUUGAUUAAUAUCCGUUCUCAAUUUCCCUUCACCAACCUUCAUGUACAUGAUGUAGUGAGUAAUGGAUCUUUCUCCUGGGGUAGUUUUGUUGUAUCUUCUUUUUUCAUCAUCCUUUCUCCUCCAAUAUUCCUCCGGGGGUCGCCACUUUCCCCGCAUAAACACACACACAACAUGGUGGUGGGUUUCAUUAUAGUAGCAUUGAUACCCCCAUUAUUUGUGAAACAAAUUGGAUGUCCCGGUACUCGGGGCCAAUCGUUUUCCUCUCAUGUUGUACCGAUGCGAGUGCCACAACCCGGCGGAUACGUGGGGAAUUUUCUUCUCCGUUACAUCUUAAUUCGAAGAAAGUUCGUCACUUAGCUGUAAUGCAAGCCCAUUGAAGCCAAGUGUCUGUCUAAUUUAUCAUUCCAGUUAUAAAACCUUCCCUAUAAUCGCCUAUAUCAAGUUUGGCUAAAUCUAGAGAUAAUUCAUUUUCAAAAUUUGAUUUUAUCUUCAGAUAAAAUAAAGGAGUGGAUCAAUUAAACUUACUUUGUGUGGAAAAUGUCUUUUUAAGAUAUAUCGGGUACAAUUUACGACAAAAAUAUCUAACUUACCCCCCCCCCCCCCACCAAAAAAAGUGGGAUGCCAGACAAAAGGGAGAGUUGGCCUUAUAUCAUGUAUAUGCUUAGGCCUAAAAUCAUGUUUAUAUCAUGGAAUAUGCUGAAAAUUCAGAAUGUAAAUUUCGAAUUUUAAAUUACGCAAUCAAUAAAUUUAUGAUUAAACUUUCAAGGAUUCUUCUUUGCAGAAAAAAUAUAAACAUUACCUACAGAGGGCGCUAAACAUACACAAAGCCAAUUUAAAAUUCAAAUUUUGCGAAUGAAAAAAAAUCCAACUUUCACCACACAUUGAUGAGAUUCGAACAAUAAACAUGUAGUCCAAUACAAUUCUUAUCAUUGAAGCCUUUUCAGAAGAUGUAAGUUUUGUUUUAAUCUUCUUAUAAUGACAUUGUAAUAUGUGUUUGACCAAAAUCAUGAUGAAAAUAAUGACAAGGGUGACCGGCGGAAAUAAUGAGUAUAAGCAUGAAAGUAGUAAAUGAAAAAUAAGAGACAACCUAUUAGAUAAAUGCACCUUCAAAGUCUUGCGUGAUACAUUAAAUUAUUUGCUCCUUCUGUCUUAUAUGGAGGAACUAACGAGGGUUUGUAAUUACAUCUCUGUUUAGUUGUCAUCAUAUAAUCACUACUUAAUUUCUUUAUAAGCAAUGCAAUGUAAGCAGAACCGGAAAUGGUAAAAGUAAUGACGACAGUGAUUUUAUUUACAAGAGAGUCGUGUUAACUUUUAUGACAAGUAAAUUGAAAUCAAAGUUAAUCUAUGUUUGAUUAAUGAAUUUCACAAUAAAAAUAUUCAAUGUUUAUAAUGAAAAUGGAAAAAAAAGAACAUUUACUUCUCAAUUAGAAUUAUGUUUGCACUUUUUCGUUAAUUGGUUUUUGCUUUUAAUGAGGACUUGCUUAAAAUCCAGCUUACUGUAAAAAGCAAGUUUUAUCUUUAUUUAAACAUGGAUCCUACAAGAACAAAUGCCUCUACAAAAAAGAAAAAAAAAAGAAAUUAGGGAUGAAAAACAAGAAAGUUGUGGCAUUUUAUCAGUUUUCAUUAUAUAGGUGAAAUGAUUUUGAUAAUACCGUAGUGAACGAGAGAGCUACUGAUCAAUACCUCAGUUAAUUAUCUUUCAAAUUGUAUGAACUCGAUUAAAGUUGAACAUUCGCAAUUCAUGGGAAAAUAAUAUAUAAUGGAUAAUAUUAUCAGUGUUCCUUUAUUGUUUAAAGUUCUCCUUUUUCUUCAUUUAAAAAAAAUAUUUAAUGAUGAUGGAAGCUAAGUAGUUUACCCCACCAACCGUUGAUUACUUAAGUUAAACAGGCCUAUUUAAUUCAUAAUUGAUUAAGACCAAACGUGUAACUGGAAUGGAGGUAUCAUAAUUAUGGCAAAGUAGAUCGCACUACUUACAUUCAACAAAUGAAUCUCUAUCAUCAAUGCUAAUAUCGUUUUCAUAGAAUACAGUGAAUAGUGCUCACAUUACUUGUCAUGUCUGAGUUAGUCAUUUUCAUUCCUCCACUGAUUGAACUGUAAUAAAAAAACCCGCAUUAUCAAGUUCAGACGUGAUUUCAAUAAGAAAACACAAUUCAUGAAUAUCAGGUAUUGCACCUCUAUUUCCGGUUGAGUUUGUGGAAAGAAUCAUUACACUUGGGUCGAGAGGGUUAGCCAAACUGUAAUUUCAUUUGAUAAAACUGUUCAAUGUGUUUAUUGUUAAGCAUUUUUGUUCUUUAGAGAUUCAAGUGAAUAAUGUUUAGAAUUAGACAAAUAAAAAAAUAAAAGUAAAGGUGACGGACCAUUUACACCAACGCUUGAGUAUGACGGUAUUAUCACCAAGUUAAACUACAAUGGCACUGGUGGACUGAUAGAGUAAAUAUUUAGCGAGAUCUUGAAAUUGAUAUUGCGGUAAUAUUUGUGUCUGUAUUAGGCCUCUGCAUUGUCACUAGUUUGUUCUAGUCCCAGUCAUAUUAAAUCAGCGCCACUCCAUUAGUCCUCUAUUACAUGUGUACAUAGUGCAUUUGUUCUAUCAGGUCGGCGUGUCUAAAUUCUGUUUUUUGUAGUUUUUAUUCAUCUAUUGUCGUGGAUUUUGGUGGUGUGUCUGGUGGGAUAUUUUGUUUCUGGGCUGGUACAACCCUUAUUUCACACUCUUAUGUUCCCAUGGUAUCAUUUAUUAUCCUAACAUAUCUCCUCGACGUAUCAUGAGACAGUAUAUUAAUAUUAAUUAAUCAUGAUAAUUGACUAUGAUAUCAUUAGUGACUUUGCUGUUUCGGCGAAGAUUUUGUGAUCUUGUGUUGCAUUUACCAUUUACUGCUUUAAAUUUGUUAUUAGGGUAAAUGUCAAGAAAGAAAGUGAACCGGUUAUUACCUUCCACAUUAGUUAUCAUUCCCCUCACAUUAAAUAGAAAAUUGUCGUUCAAACGUUGAAGUUGGAAAUACCAAAUGGACUCCCACACCGUACUCUAAGACCGAUACCACUAUAAACGUGAAUCCUCAAACAUUUUCAUGAUAUAUAAUAUGAAUAAUUAAUAAAUUCCCAGUAAUCAAAUAUAAUUUCGUAUAUAUUGAACAAAUAAAGACAUCAAUGAUGUACAUUUUAAUGCAUUAAAUAAGAAUAUUGUUUGAAGUUUG